CCUUCUUUUCCUAUUUAUCAAAUGUUUCUAUCUUAUGCAAUAAAAUUAUCAAAAAGAUGGAAAAUUAUUCUAUUUACCUUAUGUGCCCUAAUAUUACUUGGUCACUUAUGGAUAUUAGCCUAUCCAAGACCAUCCCUGAUAUCUAAUCAUAAUCCUAAUUCACUACCACCAAUGGAUAAGGUGAAUAAAGAAGAAAAUGUUAUAACUCAAAUUGAAGAAGAAUUACCAACGCCUGAAAAGAAAUCGAUUUUAUUUGGAUUUGGUGGAUUUUUAUCUAAAUUACCUAAACUUCAAUAUGAUUUUGGCCCAGAACCGAUAGAAUUUACUGAAUUUAGAGAGAAAAGAAGAGAAGCCAUCAAAAAAUCAUUUAUUCAUGGCUGGAAAGGAUAUAAAACCUAUGCUCUAGGUCAUGAUGAAUUAAGACCUUUAAGUAACAAACCAAAGAAUCCAUUUGGUGGCUGGGGUGCAACUAUGAUUGAUUCACUUAGUACCAUGUUGAUCAUGGAAUUAACAGAUGAAUUCCUUAGCGUUAUACCACGUUUACAUAAAAUCAAUUUCAAAGUCGAUGAAGAGAUUAGUGUUUUUGAAUCUACCAUCCGAUACUUGGGUGGUUUUUUAAGUGCUUAUGAAUUAUCAGAUAGAAAACAUGAUAUUCUAUUACAAAAGGCCAAUAAAUUAGCACAAGAACUUUUACCAGCCUUUGAUACACCUUCAGGAUUACCACAUCAUCUUUGGAACCCCUUAAAAAAUAAGCCGAACAAUGAUGAAACGUUGAUUGCAGAAGUGGGUACAAUUCAAUUAGAAUUCAUGAUGCUUUCUCAACUUACAGGAAAUCCUAUCUAUGGACAAAAGGCACAAGCAAUUACUGAUUACUUAGACAACAUGGGGUAUGAACAUGGACUUUAUAUUCAAGGUUUAUUUCCUACCGUAAUUAAUGUUCAAAGGGGUCAUUUUAAAGAUGCAAUAUCUACAUUUGGUGCAAUGGGCGAUAGUGCAUUUGAGUAUUUCCUUAAAGAAUAUUUAUUGAUGAAUGGAGCAGUUCCACAAUAUGGUCAAAUGUAUAUUCGAUCUAUUAAAAAUAUGAAAAAGUAUAUGCUUCGACAAGUACCAGGCUAUGACUUAUUGAUGUUGCCUCCUUUUGAUACACAAUAUAAAACACAUAGAGAUGCUAUGGAUCAUUUAACAUGCUUUGUACCAGGAAUGCUUGCAAUGGGGUCAAAAACAUUUAAUGAGCCAGAAGAUAUGGAAAUCGCUAAAGGACUUUUAGAGACUUGUGUCUAUAUGUAUCGUAUUACAAGUACAGGUUUAAGCCCAGAGAGUUGGGUUAUAUCUAAUACUGAAUCAUACAAUCCACUUACAUUCAACAAGACUAAAAAUGAUCUUGCUAAGCUUCGUGAUUGGUGGUAUGAGGAUAAUAAGACAGUGAUAAAUCAAACAUACACAAGUCAAGAAGAAAAUAAAUCAGGUUACGUUAUUGACUAUGAAUUACCUUUAGUCAGAGAAAGACCAAGAUCUUUAUAUUUCGGUGAUAAACGAUACAUGUUACGUCCAGAGACUAUUGAAAGUCUAUUUAUCUUGUAUCGAAUGACAGGAGAUCAAAAAUAUCAAGAAUAUGGUUGGGAGAUUUAUAAAGCGAUUGAGAAAUGGUGCAAGACAAAAAGUGCUUAUGCUGCUAUUCGUAACGUAGAUGUGAAUUUGACAGCCAAUAAUACAAAUAUUGAAUUUAAUCAAAUCGAUUCAAUGGAAAGCUUUCUUUUUGCAGAAACCUUUAAAUAUUUAUAUUUACUCUUUAGUCCACCAGAAAUCGUUUCUUUGGAUAAAUUCAUUUUUAAUACUGAAGCUCAUCCUUUUGUUCGUAAACAAUGGAACUGGAGCAGAAUCUUAAAGGGGGAAGGAGAAUAAAUAAAAUAAAGGCCUAUUUUUUUUUAUACAUAUUUAUAUAAAUACACAUAUAUACAUGUAUACAC